AGUCCUCCAAGGAAAAAGGAGAGCAUCCACCACCUCCCGAAACACCACGAAUAAAAGAAAAAAAACAACCAUGGCUACCACCAAGCUCCUCCUAUCCCUUCUCCUCCUCGUCCAGCUCGCCGCCACAGCCUACUCCAUCGGUGUAAACUAUGGUACUCUCGCCGACAACCUCCCGCCACCUGCCAAAGUCGCCGACUUCAUCAAAACCCAAACCAAGAUCGACGCCGUCAAACUCUUCGACGCCAACCCAGACAUCAUCAAGGCCUUCGCCAACACCAACAUCUCCUUGACGAUUACCGUCCCCAAUGGAGAAAUUCCGAGCCUCAAAAACCUACAAACCGCUCGCCGUUGGAUCACUGAUCAUGUCAAGCCGUUUUACCCGGCAAGCAAAAUCAAAUACAUUGCCUUGGGCAACGAGGUCCUCCACUGGGGGGACGACGCUCUCAAGUCGAGCCUAGUUCCUGCCAUGGAGACCUUCCACAGUGCUUUGGCCCAAGAGGGGAUCAAAGACGUCAAGGUCUCGACCCCUCACUCGCUGGGAAUCAUGUUGUCUUCUGACCCGCCCAGCACGGGCCGAUUCAGACCGGAGGUGAUUCCAAUUCUGACUCAAAUGCUUAAGUUCUGUACCCAGACUAAGUCGCCUUUCAUGGUUAACCCGUACCCGUAUUUCGGGUGGUCACCCGAAAAAGAGAACUACGCUCUCUUCAGACCCAAUCAGGGUGUGCACGAUACAGUCACUGGCAAGUUUUACACUAACAUGUUCGAUGGGUUGAUGGACGCGGUUUACUCAGCUGCCAAGGCAAUCGGGUUCGGUGAUGUGGACAUGAUUGCGGCCGAGACCGGUUGGCCUUCGGCUUGCGAGUUCCCAGUGUGUUCGGUUCAGAACGCUGUAGACUACAACGGUAACUUGAUCAAGCAUGUUGAGUCCGGGAAGGGUACGCCUUUGAUGCCGAACCGGAAGUUCGAGACUUACAUCUUUGCUUUGUUUAAUGAGAAUCAGAAACCCGGUCCGUCUGCUGAGAAGAACUGGGGGCUAUUCAAACCGGACAUGACUCCGGUGUACAAUGCUGGGGUUAUGCGCAAUCAACAGGGUGGUGCGACCCCUGGACCAACAAUGCAAAUUCCAACACAACCUUCUAGACCAGCUGGACCAACUACACCAGCUGCUCCCAAAAAGGGGAAAAAAGGAAGGCCUGCCAAACAACCAAAACCAUCAAAACCAGCAACGCCGGCAACACCGACAGCAGGAGGCAACAACAACGGCGGCAAGAAGUGGUGCGUGGCAAAACCAGCAGCCAGCAACCAAGCAUUGCAAUCAAACAUUAACUACGUCUGCGGCACCGGCGUUGACUGCAAGUCCAUCCAGCCAGGCAGCGCCUGCUUCGAUAAAGACAUUAGAGCUCGCGCGUCUUAUCUCAUGAAUGCUUAUUACCAGGCUAACGGCCGUCACAACUUUAACUGUGAUUUCUCUGGGUCCGGACAAAUCAUUACCACCGACCCAAGCCGCGGCCCUUGUAAAUAUAACGCUUGAGCUUGAGGAGAUGAUUUGAGGAACGGAAGAUAUGGUGUUGACCAUUGGUGUUUUUUUUUUUCUUUCUGAGUUUUUAAAUUUUUUUGUGGAACGUUGAUGACUAUGGUUCCUUUGGAAAUUAAUUUUUUGUGAAAUGUUGAUGACUAUGGUUUUUUUGUUAA